AUGUAUAAUAUUCUUAGAAAGACACCAAUAGAUAUGUUAUCAUUAGAAUGGUUGAAUUCAGAACCGCGUACAAUUGAAACAAGAGUUUAUCUAAUUAACAAUCUUUUACCUCAAGUUAUUCUAGGCCUUGAAUUCAUCUUAAAAGAAGCAUAUCAUAGAGGUUUAAUCACCAAUGAUAUAUUAGAUGAAACAAAUUAUCAUGUAGGAUUAGACAGAAACUUUAAUCCAAUCAAUAGAUUAGCUGAAUAUCUAAUGCGUAAUAAUCAUAAAUAUGAUCAUUUCAAUGAAUUAUCACCUUAUGUUAGAGGAUUAAGAAAUACAGUAGCUAAACUACAAAAUGAAAUUUUUAUGCGAUCAGAAAAUCAACUCGCCAAUUGA